AUGGCUUGGCACCUUAAAGCAGAAAAAAUUGGUGAAUUUAAAUAUGAAGGAUUUAUUGAGGGUUGGUCGAAACUAAGAUGUGAUACACUUCUAAAGAUGCGAGCAGCCAUACCUGGUCUUAGACAAACCCUGAAUGAUGACCUUAAAUUUAAAGAAAUUUAUCAAUUUACUUUUAAAUUUGGAUUAGGAGAAAAUAAAAAAUCGUUGAGCCUUGAUGUAGCAACUGAAUUCUGGAAAUUAUUAUUGGGAGAUCAUUGGCCACUUCUUGAUAUCUGGUUAGAAUUUGUCAAGGAAAAACAUGGUAAAGCAAUCUCAAAAGACACUUGGAAUUUGCUGCUGGAAUUUGCCAGACAAAUCAAUGAGGAUUUAAAUAAUUAUGAUACAGAGGGAGCUUGGCCAGUUCUUAUUGAUGAGUUUAGUUUAAAAUAUACUGUUUCUUCAUAUUGUAUACAUCCAACGCCGCCUUUACAACAUUAUGUUUAUGGAAGUGAUAUUACUUUCAUGUUGAAUAAUUUAACAAGGAAUGGACGGAAUGAUGUGAACAACAAUAAUAGUUCAACACAAGUAUUAGAUUCAAGCAGGUUGCAUCAAGAUAGUGGUGGUAGUGGCGUUAAACAAUUUGGUGCUAUAAAUGAUGUAAAUGCUAGCUUGAAAAACAUUGCUGCUCCAAGUGCGAUCCUUAGGCUUGUUAGAUUGGAGUUCUGA